CGACAUCGGCACCUCGAUCCCACGAUAGAAACUGCAAAUAGAGCUCCGGAUAAACAGGACGGGUAAAUAACUUCCGUUCACAUUAGAGGCUCGUCCUUCUCCUAAAGCGGCUUCUCGCGGCGUAGAGCUGUUGAGAGCUCUCAGCUUUAAUUCCUGGUCCGCCAGCUCAACCCCCCCUUGUGCUGAAAGAGCUUUGAAUGUCAUCGUGCUUGUGUAACCCCUUUCAAUCCAUAUUUUCUUCUAACUCGAAGUACUCAGAGGUGUCGGAGAGCAGUGAGAGCAAGAUGACGCAAAAGAAUCCAUCUUUCGUCCUCCAAGCUCCACGCAGCGUUAUUUAUGAAGACCGUCCGAUCCCAAAGCUCAAAUCACCAUACGAUGUUAUUGUUAAACCCCGGUGGACUGGCAUCUGCGGCAGUGAUGUGCACUACUGGGUCGAAGGUCGCAUUGGCCACUUCGUCGUCGAAUCCCCUAUGGUACUUGGCCAUGAAUCGGCAGGCGUCAUUUCCACCGUGGGAGACAAAGUGCAGAGUCUGAAAGUCGGCGACCGGGUUGCAAUGGAGCCUGGUGUCCCCUGCCGUCGCUGCGUGAGGUGCAAAGAGGGGAAGUAUAACCUCUGUGCCGACAUGGCGUUCGCUGCAACACCGCCUUUCGAUGGAACCCUCGCAAGAUAUUAUUCUCUGCCCGAAGAUUAUUGCUAUAAACUGCCAGAUGAUAUGAGUUUGGAGGAGGGUGCUUUGAUUGAGCCUACCAGCGUUGCAGUGCAUAUCACCAGGCAAGCCAGCGUCAAACCAGGUGACAGCGUUGUGGUUUUCGGUGCUGGACCUGUUGGAUUACUCUGUUGCGCGGUGGCAAAGGCAUACGGAGCCACCAAGGUCGUUACGGUGGAUAUAAAUGAGGAGAGAUUGCAGUUUGCAUUGAAGUAUGCUGCGACAGCUGCGUUCAGGAGUCGAAAAGAAUCGCCUGAUGAAAGCGCGAAGCGGUUGAUCCAAGAAUGCGACCUUGGGCCAGGCGCAGAUGUUAUUAUCGAUGCGAGCGGCGCUGAGGUCUGUAUCCAGACUGCGAUACAUGCGCUCAGAAUGGGAGGGACGUAUGUGCAGGGCGGCAUGGGCAAACCCGACAUCAACUUCCCUAUCAUGGCCAUGUGCACCAAAGAACUGAAUGUUAAGGGCAGCUUUCGGUAUGGUUCAGGCGACUAUCAGACAGCGGUGGACAUGGUUUCGACAGGCAGAGUCAGCGUGAAGGAACUCAUCACUGACAAAGUAAAAUUCGACGAAGCAGAGAACGCAUUCAGGGAUGUUAAGGCAGGGAAAGGGAUCAAGAUUCUGAUCGAGGGUCCUACUGAGUGAGAAACCCGA